GGAGCAUACGUGGCAUCCCACCAUCCAUUCAUCCUACCAUCGAUAUGAACAACAAUUAACAAAUGAAGAAGAAGAAGAAGAAGAAGAUAGAAAAGGCAGGCGAGGGGGGCGGUGGUGGGUGGUGGAUGUGGCGAUCAGUGGAGUUAAUGAAUUGUUCCGGCUGCAGUUUGUCCGGAGUUGCUGCUCAUCUUAAUCUUAAUCUUAAUCAUAAUCUUAAUCAUAAUGUUCAACGUCAGCAGCAGUACCCAAUUGGUGGGAUUGGGAAUGAUUCCAAAAGCAAAAGCAAGCGGAAGCUCCGGUUCCGCUUGUCCAACUCUAAAACGACUAGCAGUGGGAGUGGGAGAGCGUUGGAGCAGAGCGGGGCAGGAGGGAAGAUGGUGGUGGAGCUGGUGGGAACCUUCAACCAACUGACACAGAGGAUGAGCGCCAAUUCCCCUCCUUCCACAAGCUCCUCCCGCAUACUGUUCAAGGCACUCAAGCUCUCUCUUCCUCUUCUCCACGCUCUCCCUCUCUCUCCCGACGGCCGCUCCCCUCUUUCCAAGGCCCUCUCCCUCGCCCUCCUCCUCGCCGACCACCUCCGCAUGGACGCCGAGGUCAUCUCCGCCGCCCUCCUCCGCCCCGUUGUGGAAGCCGGUGCCAUUUCCAUUGCCCAUGUCAGCACCCGCCUCGGCACUCCCAUUGCCCAUCUCUUGCAUGAGAGCUUCCGGGUCUCCUCCAAGUUCCCUGCUGUUGCUGCUGCUUCCCAUUCCAAUGCUCUCAUGGAUGUCUUGGACGAUGACACUGCCUCCGCCUUGAGGAAGUUCUGCUUGACUUACUACGACAUCAGGGCUGUCGUUCUGGAGCUUGCCCUCAAGCUCGACACCAUGAGGCACUUGGAUUGCCUCCCCAGGUACCACCAGCAGAUGAUUGCUCUCCAGGUCAUCAACAUCCACGCUCCUCUCGCCCAUGCCAUCCUUGGCUCCCAUUUCUUGUCUUUUGAGCUCGAGGAUCUCUCCUUCCGCUAUUUGUUCCCCUUUUCCUACCUCUAUCUCGAUACCUGGUUGCGAAGUCAUCACCUUCGCUACCAUCCUUCUCAUUCCUCCUCCUCACCAACUCAUACUACUAAUAAUAAUAAUAGUGAGCUCCACCCUCCUCUCACUCUCAUUGAUUUCUACAAGGAUCAGCUUCUUCGCUCCUUAAAAGCUGACCCCCUCUUGGCUUCCAUGGUGUCUCAUAUCUCCGUUAAGGGUCGCUACAAGAGCCGCUAUAGCACCAUGAAGAAGCUCCUCAGAGAUGGUAGGAAGCCUGAACAAGUCAAUGAUGUUUUGGGUUUGCGGGUCAUUUUGGAGACCUGCACCUCUCAACACUUUGAAAAUGGAUUGCAACAACAACAACAACAAGAUCAGUUGUUGGGUGAGAGAGCAUGCUAUAGGGCCCGUGAGAUAAUCCAAUCUCUGUGGAAAGAAAUCCCUCACAGGACUAAAGACUACAUUGCAAAUCCAAAACCCAAUGGCUAUCGGAGUUUGCAUAUGGCAGUUGAUGUGAGCGACGAUGCUGAUGGAAGGACUAGGCCUCUCAUGGAGAUACAGGUCAGGACUUCCGAGAUGGACGCCCUGGCAGAUGGUGGCACGGCUUCUCAUUCUUUGUACAAAGGGGGUCUUACUGAUCCCGAAGAGGCAAAGCGGCUCAAGGCCAUAAUGAUGGCUGCUGCUGAACUUGCUGCAUUGCGUCUUCAAGAUCUCCCAUCCCCAAACCAUAAAGGAAUGGAAAUCGACCAUCGGGAUCGUGUGUUCCGCCUUCUCGACAAGAAUGGAGAUGGCAGGAUCAGCAUUGAGGAACUCAAGGAAGUGAUGGAGGAGCUUGGUGCUCCUGGGGAAGAUGCACGAGAGAUGAUGCAGCUCCUUGACUCAAACAGAGAUGGUUCUCUCAGUUCAGAUGAAUUUGACAUGUUUCAAAAACAGGUUGAAUUUAUGCGUAAUUUAGAAGAAAGGGAUGAUGAGUACAAGAUGAUGUUGAAUGAGAAGCUUGAAGCUGCUGUAGACAAGAGUGGCUUGGUUGAGUUAUAUGAAGAAGAUCCAGUGCCAGGCUAUGAGCUUGCCAACUGAACUUGUUUGCAUAUAUAUGGUUGAAAGAUUUACCUGUAACUACAAGUCUACAACUAUAGUCCAUCCAAAUUUGUCAUGUAAUAUGUAUUGUUCUGUUGUAAAUUUUCAUAUUUUCAUGUUACUAUGUGAUCCAUCAAGUAGUAAAGGUUUUCAAAUUGGAUUUUUUUUCCCUUUUUUUGAAGGGAAAAAAAAAAAAGGAAAAAAGGAAAAAAAAAGGUUUUAUUCUUAGCAUAUAGAGAAGGUGAUGAAGCAUUGUAAAUUCUAUUUAGCUAUGUAGUUGUAGUUGUAUUUUUGAAGUGGGAAGCCACACCAUUUGUAAAAAGCAUAUUGUAAUGUUCAGAAGGAUAAGAAAUUCUAGGAUCAUAACUGGCACUGGUUGUAUAACUCUCA